UCACCGAUUUAUCCGACUUCUGCCAAGGCUCUGAAAUGCCAACUAUGUCGAGACCUGCACUGGAUGUCAAGGGUGGCACCUCACCUGUGAAGGAGGAUGCCGACGAAGAGAUGAGCUCUCUGGCCUACCCUGACUUGGAAGUGAAAGAUCACAAAGCAGUGGCCAUUCUGCACUACCCUGGGGUGGCCUCAAAUGGAACCAAGGCCAGUGAGGCUCCCACUAGUUUCUCAGGAUCUCCAUCUCCAAUGGGCUCUCCUACCACCUCUCCCACCAAAUCCCCACCCUUCAACCUACACCCUGCCCCACACCUGCUGGCCAGUAUGCAGCUGCAGAAACUUAAUAGCCAGUAUUAUGGGAUGGAUACCACCCCUCCAGACCAACCCGGGGAGGAAGGGUUCCUACAAAACUGGGCCCUUGGGGCUCUGGAGGGAGAGGAAGGGUCAGAAUCUCCUACUGGUGGCCAGAGCCCGGCUAUCAUCGAUUCAGACCCCGUGGACGAAGAGGUGCUGAUGUCGCUGGUGGUAGAACUGGGACUGGACCAAGCUAGUGACCUUCCAGAGCUGUGGCUGGGGCAGAAUGAAUUUGACUUUACUGCGGACUUUGCAACUGGCUGUUGAUGUCAAUUAUUCCUAAAGAUGGAGGAAUAAAACUACUAAGCCUGUUGUAAAUAAAAGUUAC